UCCGCCCAGACAGCUGAGAGCAGAGGAGCCGGAGCUGCAGCGGAGGAUUCAGACUGAACAUGAUCUGUGAGGGCCACACCUGAUCCUAGACCUGGUCCUACAUCUGAUCCUUCACCUGAUCCUAGACCUGGUCCUACAUCUGAUCCUUCACCUGAUCCUAGACGUGGUCCUACAUCUGAUCCUUCACCUGAUCCUAGCCCUGGUCCUACAUCUGAUCCUUCACCUGAUCCUAGACGUGGUCCUCCAAGAACAUGAAUGAGAUCAAGAUCUGUGUCCUGGGUAGCGAGGGGGUCGGAAAGUCAGCUCUGGUCGUGCGUUUCCUCACCCGGAGAUUUAUUGGAGAAUAUUCUUCUUCUUCAGAGUGUAUCUACAGGAAGCGUGUGAGUGUGGACGGGAGGCAGGUGAACCUGGAGCUCUACGACCCCUGCUCUCAGCCCUGUGACGGUAGACCCUCGCUCAACGAUCAGAUCCUCUGGGCUGACGGCUUCGUCGUGGUCUAUGACAUCAGCGAUCACUCGUCCUUCAUCACGGCUAAAGCCCUCGUUCACCUGAUCAGACAGGUUCACCUGGGGACCACUAAGAGGGACGUGGACUCUCUGAUCUUCCUGGUGGGUAAUAAACAGGAUCUGUGUCACCUGAGGGAGGUCGGCCGUGAGGAGGCUCAGCGUCUCGCUGCAGAGUCUCACUGUCACUUCUACGAGCUGUCAGCUGCCGAACACUACCAGGAGGUGGCGCUCAUUUUCACGAAGAUGAUGCAGAACGCCUGCCUGGACAGCAAGGCCAAAGAGCGGCGAAGACGCCCAAGCGGGUCCAAGUCCAAGUCCAUGGUCAAACUGAUCAACAACGUGUUCGGGAAGAGGAGGAAGUCCGUGUGAAAGACGGGCGUCAGACUGGACUCCACUUUGAUGUUUCUGUGAUGACUUGAAAUAAAGUUAUAAAUCCUUCUGGUGUAAAUCUUAUCAUAGUAUCAUCAUAAACAUAGUGAGAACCUGA